AUGAUACACUGUGGAAAAAAAAAUAUUUGUGGUGUUGUAUGCAUUCUUAUUCUUGCAAGCAUUUUAUUCUUCUCCUGGAAAGAUCCUCAGCUACAGAAUAAGAUAACUAGAAAAAUCUUCCCCCAGGCAACAACUGCCAGUCCAGCAGGUCAGCUUUGUAGGGGAAAACCUGCUCAAAGUGCAAUAACAGCACUAAAAGAUAACAGAACUUUUAUUAUAGCCCCCUACUUUGAUGACAGAGAAAGCAAAGCCACUCGUGUGAUUGGGAUUGUUCACCAUGAAGACGUAAAAGAACUAUACUGCUCGUUCUGCUGCCAACCCCAUGGAAAGAUAUAUGUAUCAAUCGCAAAAAUUGAUGUUCACUCAGAUAGAUUUGGAUUCCCUUAUGGUGCAGCAGAUAUAGUUUGUUUGGAACCUGAAAACUGUGAUCCGACACAUGUAUCGAUUCAUCAGUUUCCACAUGGAAAUAUUGACCAGCUGCCAAGGUUUGAAAUUAAAAACCGCAAGGCUGAGACCUUUUCAGUUGACUUCACUGUAUGCAUCUCUGCCAUGUUUGGAAAUUACAACAAUGUCUUGCAGUUUAUACAGAGUGUGGAAAUGUACAAAAUUCUUGGGGCGCAGAAAGUGGUGAUCUAUAAGAACAACUGCAGCCAUCUGAUGGCGCAUAAAUGGGUGAUCUAUAAGAACAACUGCAGCCAUCUGAGGGAGAAAGUCUUGAAGUUUUACGUGGAGGAAGGAACCGUAGAGGUAAUUCCCUGGCCAAUAAACUCACACCUCAGGGUUUCUUCUAAAUGGCACUUUUCUAUGGAUGCAAAAGACAUUGGCUACUAUGGACAAAUCACA